AUGAGUAACAUUGGCUUUGAGAAGUGUGCUUCUGAACAUGGAGUGUAUGUUCAGAGUUAUCAGCACAGUGGAAGAAAAGAGAUGUUAAUAGUGUGCUUAUAUGUGGAUGAUAUGCUAAUCACAGGAAGCAGUGUUGAAAGAAUUGUUAAUUUCAAAUUCCAAAUGUUACAAGAAUUUGAAAUGAGUGAUUUAGGACAACUAAACUACUUUCUUGGAAUUGAGUUCACUAAAACUGAUGAGGGAUUGGUGAUGCAUCAGUCCAAAUAUACAUUGGAUAUGUUAAACAAGUUUAACAUGAAUCAUUGUAAUUCUGCAAAUACUCCAACAGAGGUGGGAUUGAAACUUGAGAAGGAUCCUGAAGAGGAAGGGGUUGAUCCUACUGAAUACAGGAAAAUGGUUGGAAGCCUAAGAUACUUGUGCAAUACUAGGCCAGACAUCAGUUACAAUGUGGGUCUGGUUAGUAGAUAUAUGCAGAAUCCUAGAAUUUCUCAUCUGAUGGCCAUUAAACGGAUUCUGAGAUAUCUAAAAGGUACACAUAACUUUGGGAUUUUACUACCUGGAGGGGAAUCAGAAGGAGAGGUAGGAAUUAAUGCUUACUCUGACUCAGAUUGGUGUGGAGACAAAAGUGAUAGGAAGAGCACUGUAGGAUAUGCGGCUUGGCUGAGUGCAUUGAUGAGUGAAUUGAAGAUUGAAGUAGAAGGGAAGGUCAAACUACUUGUGGAUAACAAGUCAGCCAUAGACCUGACCAAACAUCCUACAUCACAUGGCAGGAGCAAGCAUAUUGAAACUCGUUUCCACUACAUCAGGGAACAAGUUAGUAAAGGGAAGCUCGAAGUUGUAUACUGCAGAUCUGAGGACCAGAUUGCAGACCUAUUCACUAAGGCACUGAAAGGAGAACACUUUCUAAUACUUAGAAAGCAGAUCGGAGUAAAGAAGGUGGAGAUCAAGUGUGUGCUCCGGGGUGUGGUGGUGGUGUCCGGUGUUGGCUGA